AUGGAAUCUGCUAGACGAGAUGAUGAAUCUGAUGGAUGUGAGUUCUGUUUGAUUUUCAAGAAACCCUUGGUAGGAGCUACAUUGUUCCGUAUGACCUUGACAAAGAUGACCUCAUGGGAGGUUACAGAAUCAACCAAGUGUCUAGUUCCUUCUUCAGCUGUACGGGCAGCCAUCAAGGUUAAGCGAUCCGUAAUCAUAUGCUUUACCUCUUCUGGAAGAGCAGCUAGGUAA